AUGGAUGAGGCAUAUUUCUGGACCCAACUCGAAGCCGAGUAUGGCACCAUUAACCUACAUAUCAGGAACAUUUUAAAAAAACAAAACCUCUGUAGUCAGUCCCUUGCAAAAUUAAACGCCGCAACGAUCCGUGGAAUAGAGAUGGACAUGCAGCUUAUGGCCGGGAGUUUGCGAGAGGAAGCAGCUGCUGGCGGAACACCGCUGAGUGAAAUUUAUGGGGGAACUUACGCCAACGAACCGGAGAACUUCAAAUUCAUGAAUGGAGAAGUGCUGUGCUUACUUGACCUGGCUGAGGUGAUGAAGAUUAAGGGGAUCAAACAUUUCAUCAAACGAAAAAGAUCGUCUGCUGCUACAGCGGUUUCCACUGAGCUGGAUGAAGCGGAUGCUGCGGAACAAUCUCGAAGAUUGUGCGAUAAAGUCAUGCUGCAUUUUACAUCCCAGGGUAUCGAGGAUUCCAGCUAUGAUGAGUUUUUGGAGAAGUUAAAAUAUUUCAAAGUUACCAUUUUCACGGACGGUGCUGGAACAUUUCGAGCCGAAGCUCUGUGUCCGAUUUGCCAAGCUGAUGGGAAGAGUUCGAAGCUUUCAUUUUCCAUGGAUAAAAGACAAAACUGGCACAUAUACAGUUUUACACGUCAUAGCAACACCAUGCAUUAUCAAAUUCCAGAGAAUUCGCAGCAGACGUACUACAUUGAUAAUAGCGAUGCACACGAAGGUCGCUCAGACGUACAGCUAGAACAUCAUUCUGACGAAAAUAACGAACAACCAAGCGAACAACUAAACUUUGAUGAGUCCAACAAAGACAGCACGCCUUUGCUUGAGGUACAAAUCGGCAUCAACAAACGGUUCCAGCUUCAAAGAAACUAUGGUACGCGGUAUUCUGAAUUCGAACUUGAUACAGCAGCCUAUUUGUUUUUAACUUCCGGGAUGAGCGCCUAUAAGUUCAAACGAGCCAAUAUGCAUCUUCCAAGCCUUAAAUCUGUGCAAAGACAUAUCGCCACGCAUACAAACGAAACACAAGAAGGUGUUCUGAUGAUUAAUCCUUUACUUAAAUAUUUGGAUGCAAACAACUUUCCACGUGUAGUUGCACUAAGUGAGGAUGGAACAGCAAUUUCACCUAACCCAGAAUAUUCACCUCGAACAGAUUCUGUGCGUGGUUUAGUCGCACCUUACAACAGCCAAGGAAUGCCAAUCCUUGAUUUUUUUAAAGCUCGUUCGGCUGAAAAAAUGAUCGUCGAUCUCGAGAAGAACCCAGUUGGGGAAUACGUUUACAUUGUAAUGGCUACACCGAUGGUCGCAGGCGCUUCUCCUAUUUGCAUCCUCUAUAUGUGCAGCGACAACAAAUUCACUCAUGAGCAAGUUAAGCGGCGAUGGAAACAUAUAGAGGAUACACUGAAAGAUGCUGGAGUAGAUGUUAUUGCACACGCGUCCGAUGGUGAUCCGCGCCUUCUACGAGCAAUGAAGGAAAGGACAAGUCUUCCUCAUCCUGAUGCAAGCAGAUUAUAUGGACAUCACUUCAUAGCGAACAUGAGCAAUAACGCGGUUUGUAUCCAAGACACGGUGCAUUUAGUGAAUAAGCUUCGUCACUCUCUGUUAAAUCCAAGGAAGCAAAUGCUCUUAGGUGAUCAUGUCGUAUCUUCCGAUUCAAUAAGACAAAUGAUAGAACGUGGCGACAAGGUGAUACACAAAAUGAAUCCAUCUGAUUUGAAUCCAGCAGACAAGAUGAAAUUUGACCCAACGUUGAAAUUAAUGUCUCCUGCUUUAGUUGACCAUCUUCGCGAAGUUGUCCCUGAUAGCAAAGGCACCGCUGUAUAUUUACAGAUAAUGCGAAUGAUUUACAUUUCUUUUAUCGAAGAUCAAAUCUCGCCAAUGGAGCGAAUAUGCACUAUAUGGACAGCUUUAUUUUUUCUUCGUGCUUGGCGUUGGCAGUGUUUGGAAUCAUCGAAAAGCAUAAAACAAUGCAUAACUUCAAACGUAUACUGGUGUUUGGAGUUGAAUGCCCAUGGACUUGUAAAUUUCAUGGUAAACUGCCGUAAAAAUAAUUCACAUGAUCAGUUUAUUGUCCAAAACUUGUCGAGUCAGCCGUGUGAGACUACUUUUCGUGAACUCCGUUCGAUGACCACUGUAAAUCAUACCGCAGUGAAUUUCACAAUGAAAGAUGUGGAACAACGGAUGCAACGAGUGCAAAUGAAGCUGCUGAUAGCUCAUCGAAGAAAAAACAUUUUAGCUUUUCCGAGCCUUCGUAAGCAAGCGUCUAAAGCUUUAGCAGCAAAGUCUUGUGAACUUCCAGAUGAUGACCAAAUUAAACAAGCUAUCGAAAAAGCUGCGCAAGAUGCAUCCGAGCUUCUCAUUUCUGUGGGAUUUGAUCCGGAAAGUAUCAACUUCACGAACAGUAUGAUAUUACGCAAGUCUAAUAUCACACCCGAAGCCGAGGUUGGCGAUACUAAUAACAAUAUCCAGGGGGAAAGAAAUCAAAACAGUUGA